AUGCCUGCCGCACCAGGUCCACAAGUGCUGGUCCUCCACCCCGGCAAAACCGAACGCUUGAAUAGAUUGGAAGAUGAUCGCAUGCUUCAGACUUGCGACGAGAGCAAACCGCAUUGCCGGAGGUGUCAAGUUCGUGGUGUUGAAUGUAGCUAUGCGUCGGGGUCCGAGUCCUCCGGGUCUGACAAUAAUAGCCCUCUCGAGAUGAUAUCAAGACCUCAGAAGCCUAGCACAACGGACUUUUCCUUGACUCUUGCCAGCAUGACUGCGCAGAUCGACGAGAGCCUGAGCAUUGGAUCGGACUUUAACGCCCCCAGCCUAACACAACCCUAUAGUCUGGUGGCGUUUCAGCACUUCAUGAAAUGGUCUACGGCGUCAGUCGGGCUUCCUGCCAUUAGGGCAGUGAUGGAAAGCGAUAUGGUACAGGUGGCAUUCAGUACACCAUACCUACUGUACACAAUCCUUGGAGUCGGCAUGCUUCAUUUGAAUCGUGCCUCCCGAUCAAGAGACGCUGGCCAAAGAUGCGCAGAGGCCCAUUUCUGGCAGCAGGCCAUCCGACUAUACCAAGACGCAUUACUACCAGGAGUCAAUCAGAAGAACUUCGACGCCCUCAUUUCGACAUGCAUGUUCAUGGGCGUGGUGUCCAUCUGUCCAGAGAACUUUGAACCUACCGAUUCCUGGGUCCUUACGAACAACCCGGCCGACAUGAACUGGCUCUGCCUGCAGAGUGGUCUGCGGUGUCUAUUGGAACCAGCCGCUCGUUACCUCCCCGGGAGUAUCUGGGAAACAGCAUUCAAAGGAUACGAGGAAGUCGAGUGUCAACUUUUCAACUACGAUGACCAAGUCGGGCGACAAGGUCUCGAUCCACUCUUUGCGGAUUUUUGUGGCAUUGAUGACCUUUCUACUGCCAUGACUAGCCCAUAUUAUACUCCACUUAGGCAGAUCACCACGCUUAUUCAGUUGGAUAAGAAUAUGCCUAAUGCUGCCCGAUGUACUACAUUCAUGGGGCGACUGGAAUUUGAAUUCCUGGAUCUGCUUCGAAGCAGGGACCCGCCAGCUCUGAUUAUUCUUGCGCACUGGAUGGGCUUGAUGUGUUUGCUGACUGAAUGGCAGCCCUGGGUCGAGGGGAGGUUGAGGAAAGAGUGUGCAGCCAUUUGCAUGUAUCUGGAGCGCAGUUCAGAUCCUCGGAUCCCACCGCUGCUUGAAUUCCCUGCUCUUGCAUGUGGCUAUGUCCAGCCUGUGAGUAUAAGUUGA